CAGAGUGUCACCGCUGCGUCAUUACGUCACCACCACCGAAGAGAAGAAGCCGGAAGUGUCAGCAGCAGAAGUCGGAGUGGAUUAGCCUGAUUAGCCUGCAGGCUAGCGAGCUGUGAUGUGAUGUUUCUAAAGCCGACAGUGGAGUGACGCUGUGAGCUAAGCUCCGCCCCCUGUGUGUUGUCGGGGGCGAUGGCGUUGAUCGAAGGCGUGGGAGAUGAGGUGACUCUGCUGUUCGGCUCGCUGGUGCUGCUCGCCGUGAUGCUGCUGGCCUGGAUCUCCACGCGCACCGCAGAACCGCCUGAGCACCUGUUCACCACAGGCCCCGCCCCCUCGCCCAGCGCCGGCCACGCCCACACGGACACGCAGCCGCCGCCCGUUGGCGCUGAGACAGAAGCUCCGCCCACGGAGGCUGCGGAGGAGAGCGGCGAGCCAGACGGAGCAGACGGCGGAGAGAGGAACAUGGUGGUCAGACUCAAGUUCCUCAACGACACGGAGACGACGGCACAGGUCAAACCACAGGACACCAUCGGAUACAUCAAACGGACCUAUUUUUCAGGCCGGGAGCAGCAGGUGCGUCUGAUCUACCAGGGCCAGCUGCUGCAGGACGACGGUCAGACUCUAGCGUCUCUGAACCUCGCCCAUAACUGCGUCCUGCACUGCCACAUCUCGGCGGCGACGGGGGCGGGGGUGCAUGGUACGGUGGGGGGGCCGCGGCCGGCCGACCCGGUGCAGGUGGCGCUGAACGUGGGCAGCCUCAUGGUGCCGGUUCUGGUCCUCAUGCUGUCCGUGCUGUGGUACUGCCAGAUCCAGUACCGCCAGUUCUUCACGGCGCCGGCCACCGCCUCGCUGGUCGGAGUCACCAUCUUCCUCAGCCUCGUCGCCUUCGGAGUCUACCGCCGCUAGCCGCGCUCUGAUUGGCUGCUGCCUUCGGAGUCUACCGCCGCUAGCCGCGCUCUGAUUGGCUGCUGCAGGCGGCAGGGCGGAGCUCUGGACUUAAAGUGUGGGCUACAUUUACUCUGCUACGUUCCCCCCUCUCAUUCCCCCUGCUCUGGUGUUCCCCCUCUCAUUCCCCCUGCUCUGGUGUUCCCCCUCUCAUUCCCCCUGC